AUUACAGAGUGGGGGCGGGGCCGGCGGGAGGUUAGACAAGUGGCAAAACUCGGAUUUUGGAAAAAGCUAAGAUUCGGAAGCUGAGUCAGAGCUUGGUGCUGAGGUUGGAGAAGAAUUAAAAAAAAAAAGGAGAGUGGGAAAAGUAUGGGAGGGGCGAGGGCAGGCGGUUCUCGCGUACGUGCGAAGAGGCGUCACAUGGCCUUGCGGUCGCCUUGACAACCAGACUCGAAGCGAGGCGGGCAACGUGCUGCGGGGCGUCGUGACGUGAGACCAGCUGCCGGCGUGCGGGCAAGAUCUCUUACCUUUGCUGCUGGUGUGCGGUGGUCAUGGACCUGGGACACAUGAGGAAGAAUUAUCUCAAGGACCAUGAGGCGUUCGAAGAGGAGCACCUGGCCUCACUGGACCCCAUCAAGCAGUUCGCAGCUUGGUUCGAUGAAGCCUCUCGGUGCCCAGACGUGGGCGAAGCCAACGCCAUGUGCCUGGCCACAUGCACCAGGGAUGGAAAGCCUUCUGCUCGAAUGUUGCUGUUGAAGGGCUUUGGCAAAGAUGGCUUCAAUUUCUUCACUAACUUUGAAAGCCGAAAAGGAAAAGAGCUGGAUUCUAACCCUUUUGCUUCCCUUGUCUUUUACUGGGAGCCUCUCUCUAGACAGGUUCGUAUAGAAGGGAAGGUGAAGAGACUGCCAGAGGAGGAAGCUGAGUGUUAUUUCCACUCCCGUCCUAAAAGCAGUCAAAUUGGUGCAGUUGUCAGUCGUCAGAGCUCUGUUAUCCCCAAUCGGGAGUACCUGAGGAAGAAGAAUGAGGAGGUACAUAAGCUAUACCUGGAACAGGAAGUACCCAAGCCUGACUAUUGGGGUGGCUAUGUCCUUUACCCAGAAGUGAUAGAGUUCUGGCAAGGUCAAACCAACCGUCUGCAUGAUCGAAUUGUCUUCCGGAGGUUGCAGCCUGAAGAGGCCCAAAUAGGGCCUAUGACACACCGUGGGGCAGAUGACUGGUUCUAUGAGAGACUCUCACCAUGACUGUCUGAUGUCUGGUGAUUGGAUCCUCUCAGCUCACAGCUGGAACCUGGAACAGAGUGGUGAGAAAUACAAGGAAAGUUCCCAUCAGGCUCUAAGCAGAGCCCCCUUAUUGUACAUUCAGAGCCUUGCCAACUUGGUCACCUAAGCACUUUGUUAUUAAGUCAACUCUAAUUUAUUCAUGGUUAGUAAUGAAGAGUACACAAAAAACAAUCCAAAAUUGGAUAAUCCAAAAAUCAUUUGUUUGAGCUUGAGUGUUUACAGUAGGAUAUGCACAUAUAUUUUUUGGCAACAAAGUUGCCUGUAACUGACCUCAAAUAUGUGAAGGUUUGUCAUUAUGAUGAAGAGAAAUUAUAUUUACUCAGUGUAUUCCUAAAAAGACAGACCUAGAGCCAGUGGCUAGAAGUCAUAGAGAGGUUAGUAUCUGCUGUAGGAAUCUCCUGGUGGGGAUUCCAGAAUGGUGUAAACAAUCAGACUACAUGAGCUCUACUUUUUUUCUAUUCUAAAAUUAACUUGAACCAAUAGUAAUUAUAAAAUUGCACAAUUAUGAAAUUAUUUUGCAUUCUUCAGCCAGAUCCUGGUGGAAAUAGGUCUAGUGGGCUGGGAGGAAUCCAGGGUGGUCUUCAGUCUUCUCUGUGCAGCAGCUACAUGGGAGAAAAAUUUGCUUGCUGCUUGUACUCAUUGAUGUUGUCCUGUCUACUUUGUGAACACGUGUAUGGUUUCCUGAAUAAUCAAAUGUGCCUCUGUCUCCCUACCCCAAUUGUAAGCUCUGGAGUUUGAAUCAGCAGGCCAUAGCUCACACCCACAGGAACCUGUUGUUGUAAGAGCCCUGGAGCUAAGAAUAGUUUGAAGUUUCCCCGUAUUUAAAAAAUAUAAAACCUUCUUAGCUCCCAGGUCCUUGGGGCCAGAUUUGAUCCUCGCCAUAAUUUGCACCUUGCUGCUUGAGAGUCUGUAGUUUCCAUGAGUCUGCACAGCUGCACAAGCUGGGGGUAGGAGGCUAAUCUGUCUCCCUUUGCCCUUCCUUUCAGUGUCUAUAAUACUGUGUCAUAUUGAGGGGAUUCCAAGCAGAGCAGUACAUGAGUGUUUGUCUCUCGAUGUACAAUAUGGUCUGGUGGUCAGGCCCUGUUUUAUCCCUUCUCAGCCUGUCCUAGUCUCUGGGUGCCACUCUGGCCUCUGCUUAUGUUCUGGUCUUUUGUACCAGUUCUGUAAUAAAGUCUUCAGCUGUGCUGUUUAAUGGUCA